UUUCAUUAGGUCACAAGUGCAAAGUAGCAAAGUAUCUCAAAUUUUGUUUCAAGGAUUGAAAAUUAGAAAAAUGGCUGGUGGUGAAGUAAGUAAAACAACAAAACCCCAACUAAGAGGUCUUCUAGCUGGACAAAUUAAAUGGAAUAUUAUUAUUGCUACCACUACAGCCGUUGCAGCUGCCAUAGCCCAGAAAGUAUUUGUCAAUGAUCAAAGAAAGAAGGAUUACGCUGAAUUUUACAGGACAUAUGAUAUUGAGAAAUCCUUCAACCAAAUCAGAAACAAAGGUUUAUUUGACUCCUGUGAACCAGAUAACUAAGGAGUCAUAAAUUAUUAGAACUUAUUAGAUUUUUAAGUUAUAAGUAUGUAAUUUUUGUCAAUAUAAUUUAAACAACAAUCAAUUUUUUU